GUAGCUGUAUUGUUAUCAUUUCGUCUUGUGGGUUUGUUGACCAUGGUGUUUUUAUACUCAGUUUGUUCGAGUUAAAGUUAUUUUCACGAGAAUCUUAAAGUAAAGAAAUACUAAUCAUGAAUAAAAGUGGACCGAGUACAAAAUCUGGACCUAAUGAAAGUGCAACAAAGGACAAUAAUUCCGUAAAAACAAAAGGAAAAGUUCGCGGGAAGAAACGAAAACGGUCGAUUAGUGACACUAGCAGUGAACCAAGCAGCGAACAUGAUGUCAUAUUACCAGAGAAUGCUGCAGAUGUGGACAGAAGUCUUCAUGCAGUCGCCUUAAAGAAUAAUCUAGAUGAAACUAGUGUUAGGAAAAUUAUUAAGAAAGUAGUCACAAAUGAUCGAGUGCUGGCUCUAGUCAAGAUGCGUGAAGAAGAAGAUUCUGGCCCUGAGGAGCGACCGAAACUAACAAGAGCAAAAGUCAAGGAACUAAUGAAAGUGUCCCCUAAGACAACAACAGCUUGGAACUUGGAGAAUCUGGAGCUGACUCCGAUCAAGCACAUUCCUGUGAAGACCAGGCCUGAAGUGAAGGCCCUCAUCGCCCAGGAGUUGCCGGAAGAUGAAGAUGAUGAGGAGUAUGAGCCCACUCAUGAUGAUGUGCCUAGCGAUGACGAUCAAGGGUUGGAGUCGUGCAGUGACCUGGACUCCCAGCCGAGGACUCCAGCGACACCGCACAGCCAAUGUACUUCUAGUCCUAAAGUUGUCAAAGAUGGACCUUUCAAAGUGCCACAGGACAUCACAACUCCUGCUCGAAGAAAAUUAGACUUAGAGGAAGAAGCAACAAUAGCACUCCGUACUCGUUCCAAGCUGAGUCUGUCCUCUACGUCCAUAGAGCACAUAGAGAGGAACUUCGUCCCUCCCGACGACAUCCCCAUGCCGGCAGUGGACGACCUCUGGAACCAGUUCUUAAACGAGUGCCUCAACCCAGCCUCUACUUCCAAGAACGAAGAUGAUGACGAAACCGAUCCUGAGUAUAAUGUCGCCGCUGAUCCGGAUGCGCAAGACGAAGAUGAGGAAGCAUUGGGACAGAGUAUAAUAAAGAUAUCUAAGAAGGAGCUGAACGAUCUGAUCACGGAGCUGUUCAACGUGAUGCCGGAGCCCACAGGCGACGAGGUACUCUUGGCAGACACCCUCGGCAACACUGUGUUCACUGACCAUAGCCAGGGAGCGGUAUCCGGUCGUUGGGAAGGCAAGCAAGAGCCCCACUCAGACGAUGAAAGUACAGACAGACAGAAACUGUCAGACAAGAUCACUUUUGAGAAGAAAAAGUACUGUAAAGUUUCCAUUGGAAAGAGAGAACCAAUGCAGAGCGAGACGGGAGACAAGACUAAUCAAAGGCCCAUAAAUAUAGCUCCUAAACCAGCUGGUGUACCUACAGCGAGUCUGGACACCACCAUUGAGGAGGUGGAGAUUCCAAUCCUGUCUGCCAGCGCUCCACUACUGCUGAAGAAGAACGUCAAGACGGUGCAGCGGACUGAGGUGAUACAGAUUCAAAUCCAGCCCGGAGAGUGUUUCCUCCCGGAGCAGGUCCAGAUCCUGCAGCAGCAGCUGCGGCAGCACGUGCAGCUGGCCACCUCCAGCUUCCUGCAGCUGUACGUGCAUCCCAUACACUGGGGGUUCGCCGCCAAGUAUAGGGAGUACCUGGAAACAUUUUCAAAGAUGGUAGAUUCGAAUCCCAAGUCCGUAGCGGACGUGUGCAACCUGAAGCCGGCGCUAGAGCUGGUGAACACGUGGCAGGCCACCAUGUCGGAGAACACGCCAGAAAACAGGGCGAUGAUCGAAUUCAUUCAAAAACAAUGCGAUCGAACCCGCCAACGCGGGCUGAACAAGAAGCUGUACGUGGGCGAGUUCCACGAGACGUUCCUGAAGGUGGUGGCCAACAGCCCCGUGUUCCUGUACCCCUACCUGCUGCCCGCCAUGCCCUUCCGGGGGGACCUCACCAACAAGCGCUUCUGCUACCUCUACUCGGAGGACGCGCUGAUAGCGCUGGGCCUGUGCGAGUUCUACGAGUACGUGCGCGGCGGCGUGGCGCGGCGGGCGGGGCGCGCGGGGCUGGCGGCGGCGCUGCGCCUGCUGGCCCGACAUCUGCUGCCCUGGCUGCCGCCCUCGCAGCUACUGGCGCAUGUCCACUAUAUACGGCGCAGCGGGGACAAGGACAACCCCAUCUAUCAAUACCUGACGACGGGUAUAGUCCACCCGGUGCAGCACAAGUUGCUCCCGUUCAGUCCCCAGAUGUCGCUGUACGAGCACCCCGAGCACGAGGUGCCACGUAUCUGGCUGCGGUAUCUGGCCAAGACUAGCAAGCGGUUCCGGAGUUAUUUGAUGAAACGAACGCAAAGUACAGGCGUGCCCGCCGCAGGGGUCGACAUUAACAUAGGCAACGCGCUAACCGCACCCACUAAGGAACCUCUACCAAUAGAUUUCACGGACAAAAUAGUCACAAACUCUGCAGGACACAAUGCGACGCCAGCGCCCCCACAGGAGAAAUUCGACAUACAAAUAACGGAGAAAUCUGGCGAACCAAAGAUAUAUAAUCAUUUGUACAAAUUCAUGGAGACUAGUACCGGGCCUUGCCUUGUCCUUAUGCCUUCGACAAACACGUACACAGUUAACUCUAUACAAUCAGUUGCUACUACGACCGAAACUAACCCUAACAGUACACAAGACCCAAGGGACGUCGCACCUAGAAAUUUACAAACAAGAGAAGUCAGAGACCACUGCGCUUGUUGCAUUAAACUAAGAAAAAUCUGUGACAGACAGACACGUAUAACAGAUUACUUUGGCAAGAAAUUAAAGCCAAAAUGUGAUUGUAAGGAUAGGAAGUAUCCUAGAGUAUCGAAUAAGUUGAUAUUGUUAGUGAGAGCUAUGAAGUAUACGCGCGCGCACGCGAUGCAGAUGCUUCAGUACAAGUUACAAAGUCUACUUCGUGCCAAAGAUAGUAAUAGUAAACUAGACUGUGAUACUAGUUGUAAUGAUAUUGAUGAUGUUGUUGCCGUAACAAAAUUCCAAUUGAACUUGCUAAUGCGGACCUCAGUGGCCCGAAACCCAGGCAUUAAGAGGAAAGUAUACAAACUGUUAUACAAAUUCAAGCUACACGAAGAUGAUCCCGUAGAACUCGCCGUCAAUAUGGACAAAGCCUUGGGAAGCGAACUACUUGACCUCUACAAAGAAUUCCUUGGGUUCCUGACACCCGAACAGGCUGAUAGAAUUGAUGCUUUCAAAGAUUAUUUCAUUAGCAACUGUUUGAUGAAGUUGGUUGAGAAAGUCGAGGAGCAAGUGGCAGACUUAGCGAGGAGACAUACGAUUUUGGCAGAGAUACACAAAGUGUUUGUGAAGAGCUUGUCGACUGCGUGCGAACUGUGUACCGGGAUACUGGGCACACUGCGCGGUUACCCGGACCUAGCCAGAUAUGUCUACUCUCUGUUCCCACAUCGGAAAGUCGGGUCAGAAGAACCACCAUUACCAGCUCAGAAAGAGCCCUCGCUACCUGCAAAUACAACGGCGCAGGAGACCAUGUGCGAAGACAGCGUCGUCACGGAGGGAAACACCAUCAACUACGAGGCUGAUCAGUCUAUGAGUGACGGCGACGACAAUGGUGACAACAGAAGCGGCUCCGAAAUACUUAGCAACGACAUCCAGCAUGUACCUAUUAAAAUUGAAACUGGAGAAACAACACAGUACGUGACACCAACGUCGGAGAAUCAGAGCGUAGCACUCGUAGUUACCGUCAGCAAGACUGAGGUGCAGGAGUUCAAUGACAGCUUCAACUCUUCAAUGAGGCUCACAUACGACGACGGAGUCAAGAUAGAGAGGCCCGAGUGGAAAAGAGACGAAGAUAAAUUAAUAUUAGAAGUAUUAAAAGAACAUUUGUCCCCGGAAGAGAGGCAGGAUAAAACCAUUCUAGAAAUAUUUGAUGAGAAAAAUAUCGUUAAUAUGAUCGCUGAGAGUUUGAUGGACAAAACUAAGGAUGAUAUAACAACUCGGAUGCUGUAUCUGUUGCAACUCUGUUGAGUCAUAGCCGGGACACACAAUGCAUCUUAGCACGAAUAUUAUACUAAUACGAUUAUUGAAAUGCAUUAAAAACAUCGAAAGUCUUAUGAAGGUAAGCGUCCACAGGUCCGCAUCGUACGCAUUCCUUAUGGCAUCAUCAGUACGCAUCGCAUGUAGGCAUUGCUGAUGAUGCGGUGCGUACGAUGCGGAUCAGUGGACGCAGUUGUAUGAGUUUCUAUACAAGACCAACUAAAAUCCGUUGCGUGCGGUGCGUACGAUGCGGGCCUGUGGAUGCUUACUUUCACCGUUCCAUGGCACCGAUGAUGCCAUAAGGAAUGCGUACGAUGCGGGCCUGUGGACGCUUACCUAUAUACGCCCUAAUACUAAAACGGUACUCAAUUUUAAGUUAUUGUACUAAAAUGUCGAGAUAUCAGAAAUAUGUAUUUUUCUUCUCCUUAUUUCUUUCUAUUUUGUAUUUGUGUCUUUUUUUAAUGUCUUAAAAUCAAGUGGUGUUUAAUAAUAUAGUAUAGGUAGUUUAUGUAUAUUUUAUAUAUUUACUAUGCUAUUAGUGCUAUCUGUGAAGGGAAUAGGGAAGAUGACUAAUUAUUAUAUUAAUAUCAGUCUUGUAAAUUAUUUUAAAUUUAAAACACGAGACACGUAUUUUUAAUGUUAUUAUGGAAACUAAUACCUUUGACGACAUAUUGAUUUGAAAUAUCGUGUGACGUCACUUCUAGGUACAUUUUAUAAGUAGAAAUUACGUUUUAGCUCCCACUCCUAAAGUUUGAUUCGUGUCAUUUAAGUAUUGUUUUCUUAUAGGACUAAAUAAAAAAAUAA